AUGACCACACCCAGUCUGUCAGUCUCCAAUGUUGACGGCACUGGCAAGGAUGCUGCCAACUCGCUCCACACUGACAACGGCCACAGCGAGGGCUACGCCCCCACACUGGACGAGACGGUGUCGACGGGCACGGCCGCCACUUCGACCUCCGGAUCCGACGGCACCGCGAACGCCGACGGCAGCAGCACCGGUAUAAACGGUGGUGGCACCACAGUGAGCGAUGCUGCCACUGGAGUGGGAGAGGAACAGCACACGGGAAACACUGACUCGGCCAGCACUGCCGAAAAGAGGCCGCCGUUCUCGUACAAGGCACUCAUUGCUAUGGCCAUAGCACAGUCACCUCACAGGAAGGCGAAGCUGUCCGAGAUCUACGCCUACAUCACGAGCCGCUUCCCUUACUUCGAACACAGCAAGAAGGCGUGGCAGAACUCGAUCCGGCACAACCUGUCACUCCACAAGUGCUUCGUCAAAGUGCUGCAGAAGGGUAGAAAGGAGAAGGGCAACUACUGGGUGCUCGACCCGCAGUUCGAGGGCACGUUCAAGGACGCCAAAUACUGUCAGCGACAGUGCAACAGGCAGCCAUUUCACAGGGAUGUGGGGGCGGUGGCAAACUCCGCAGUGCCCGGUGACCUUGCUGCUGCCGACUUGCACUUUGCCACAGAUGAACACAGGUCUACCGAAAUUCCUUCAUUUGAAGAAAGCUAUCUUCAAAACGUGUCCAGUGGUGAGGUAGCGAUGAAGGAAGAAAAAUCGAUCCAUUUCGUCAGUUGUAGUGCUCCGACACGAGGAAUUACCUUACAGUUGGAUAAUUCCUUCUGCAGUACAGCUUAUAUGAGCAUGGUGGACAAUAUCUUUUCUGUCUUCACCUGCAGUUCAUGCCUACAGAGGUUUUCAUCAAAAUACAGCCUCAUAAUGCACGUGUUCAUUCACAUUGAUUGUGUACAGCCACCGUUACACGUUUGUAGAUACUGUGGUGAAGUGUUUCUCACUUAUCGUGGCCUGAAUAAGCAUUUGAGGACGAAAGACGACGACGGGACUCUGAUCGCACAACCAUUUUCUGAUACCGGAAAGAUGUGUCACUCUAGUGAUGUAGUCAGUUCCGAAGACCACGCGCUUGUUUCUUUCGACUCAGUCACUGGUAACAGUUCAAAUGAACAAGUCACUAACACGGAUCUUGUGGAAAGGGCAGAUUCUACUCGACGUAAAGAUGACAGCUCGAGCUGCAUACAGGCACAACAAAAAGACUGUUACACUUGAGCCUCCAGCCGAAACCUUCUUUAGAAAAGGAAAAACAUCCACACAGUCCCACAAGGGAGCACAUCUCACGCACAUGCGACUGCUAUCUCCCGCCACACUGGCCACUCGGUAACUCGUGUCAGACGGGAACAGAAAUCCGGAGUGGGGCACGGA